AUGGGAAAAAUCAUCAUUUAUGAGCAUGCCAACUUCCAGGGUUUGUCCAGAGAAUUCACCACUAACAUUUCCAAUCUAAAAGAUGUAGAUUGGAAUGAUGUUGUGUCGUCAGUGAAAGUAAUUGGCCAGCCUUGGGUGGCUUAUGAGCACGUUGGGUAUAAGGGUCAGUUUCUGGUAUUUGAGGAGGGAGAAUAUGACUUUGUUGGUAAGGAUAUGAAUGACAAGAUCAGCUCUCUGCAGGUGAUCACUGAAGAUCUGCACAAUCCCCAGAUCACUCUCUAUGAACAUAUUGAUUAUCGAGGGAAGAGCAGAAUAAUAAAAGAAGCAACCAACCUGGCUGCAGGACACGACAAUGACAUGAUGUCUUCUCACAAAGUGCAGAGAGGUGUCUGGCUGCUGUGUGAACACAGAGAUGGAAGUGGAAUUCAAUACCUUGCACGAGAGCACGAGCACCUUCCAAAUUACAAGGCAAUUGAUUUCAAUGACAAGCUUUCCUUCCUGCGCCCCCUGCGCCCUGGCUGUGGCUGUUAG